UUGAGGCGUCUCGGCGUUUAGACUCCGCUUUCUCGAAAUAUUUGGAUCGUUUGAGGCGUAAUGGCACCGGGCGAGCAAGCAUCCGGCGGUGUCCCCGGAGGGGCCGCCACGACCCCAGGCCGCUUGUAGGGAGGAGAGGUCUUUGACGGCCCUCGCCGUGGCGGGCGGCCUGCGCUCGCUUUCUCCGAAGUCCCAGCCCCUGCCGAGAGGAUGAGUUCGGGCCCCGCCACUUCUUUCAAGAAGCGGCACCUCUGGAUGUACCUGCAGGCCCUGGGCUUUGAUCCGGGCCUGGCCACUGCUGCCUCCGGAAAGAUGGUGUCGCACACGCACCUCGGAGUGAACAUGUUUGACAAGCUGAACCGUGAUGCCUUUCAAAUAGUUUCUUAUUUUUUAUUUCAAACACUGGACGAGUCUCUUACCAAACGAGUUUUCAAAUUUUGCUGGCCUCCAUUUGACCAAAAAAGUGAUGCGGAAUUUCGUAAACAUUGCUGUGAGUGGUUAAAAAAAAUUUCUGCAGAAUGUGGAGGUAGCUUUCCUCAAGUGGUUGGCUCACUGUUUCUUUAUCCUGGUGGUCCUAAAUUUAUUCAUCUGAUGUAUCAUUUUGCAAGAUUUGUUGCAAUAAAAUAUAUUGAAACCCAUUCUAAAAAUUCUUCUCUUUAUUGUACUGAAAACUUUAAAGUAAAGCAACAUGACAUGCACAAGUGCCUUGCCAGAUACCAUGUAGCACGUAACAGAUUUUUACAAAUUUUGCAAAGACAAGAUUACAUUAUCCAAAAGUAUCAAGAAAAUGCACAACUGGCAGUUAAGCAAGUGCGAAAUUUGAGAUCAGAAUGCAUGGGUCUUCAAAACCAAAUGAAAAAAAUGGAACCCUGUGAUGACCAAAUUAAUAUACAUGAGAAAAUUCAAAAGGUUCAGUCUUUGUGGACUUUAGUGAAUGAAACACUCAUACUUUUAGAAAAAGAAAGAGAAGUUGUUAGUUCAGUUCUUGGUCUUGUCAAUCAUUAUGCUUUAGAUGGAACUGAUGUUGUUCUUAAUAUUCCAAGGCUUUUACUUGACAAAAUUGAGAAACAAAUGGGUCAGCUGCACAUAGGAAAUGUUUAUGAGGCUGGAAAAUUGAACCUCUUAACUGUUAUUCAGUUGUUAAAUGAAGUUUUGAAAAUAAUGAAUUAUGAACGUCAUCAGGCUGAUCAAGAAAGAUUGACAAUAGACCUUCACUACCUUGAAAAAGAGACCAAAUUCCAGAGGGAAAGAUUGUCAGAUCUGAAGCAAAUGAGGUAUAAAAUAAAGGAAGACCUCACAGAUAUAAGGCAUUCUAUUACUGAAAAGCAAAGAGAAUGGCAUAAGAAAUGGGAAGAAAGCCUUGGCCUAUCUCCUUUCAGUCUAAUUAAAGGUUGCACUCCAGCUGUGAAUCUCCUACCACCCAUGUCUCCCCUUUCAUUUGAUCCUGUCUCAGAGGAAGUGUAUGAAAAGAGUAUUCUGUCUCAGUACCCUGCUUUACUUCCAGAUACACAUAAGCAACAUAAACAAGAAAAUGGUGACAUUGAAUCCCUGGGAGCUGUGUGUGAUCUAGGCCAUAAUAGUACUGCCUCUUUCCUGUUGCAACCCAUUUCAUCACCAGAUAGAAGUAGUACAAAGGAUAUAAAAAUGAGAACUCCCAAAGAGAAAAAUGAAACUCUUUCUAAGAAUGUACCAGAAUUUGAAUUGGAAGUCUCCUCUGUAUCAGACAUUGUAAAAAAUACAGAUAAUAGUCCAUCUGAACAAUCUCUACCAGCCAAAAAUAGUGAUCCAUUCCAAAAAGAACAAGAUCAUCUGGUAGAAGAGGUUGCCAGGGUAGUUUUAUCUGAUUCACCACAGCUUCCAGAAGGAAAAGAAAUAAAAUUAGAGGAACUAAUUGACUCUCUAGUUUCUAACCCCUUCUUAACAAGAAAUCAAAUUCCCCGAACUCCAGAAAACUUGAUAACUGAGAUUAGGAGCUCAUGGAGAAAAGCUAUUGAAGUUGAAGAUAACAGAAGUGCACAACCAAUUCAGAUGGAUAAUGAACAUACAGAAGUACUGUCAGACUCUUCACCUGCAUUGUGUAAUCAAAGGGAAUUUAGCAUGGACAUUUUUUUCUCCGAUUUUGACCAAUCUCAUUUUCCUGAAGAGGAAGUUGUUUCAGAUUGCCUCAGGAGCAUGCCUCAAAAACAUGUGACCAGUCAUAUAGGUGAACCCUCAACAGAAGAUCAGUCAGAUUUGCUAAAGAAGAAAAUAAUUUAUAAGCAAGAUUUAGAGAAUACAGCUUUACUAACCAAGGUCUUAGAAACUAGCCAAACACAGACGUUCUUCCCUGGUGUAGGCAGUAGAGAAACUAGCCAAACAGAGACAUUCUCCCCUGUUGUAGGCAGUAAAACAGAUAGGAGGGAUGGGAGUAAAGGGGGACAUAUUAAAAUAUUAGAUCACUCACAAGCUUCUUAUAUUGAACCUUCUGUGCAUAAAACUAUGCCAUGGAACUCUUUUCAGAUAUCAAGUCGAGUUAAUUUUAAAAGUCUUCAGGAUAUGGACUAUAGCAUUUUAAAUGAGACUCUUCCAGAAGUUGGUCGCCUAAGUCUUAACAGCUCUAGGAGUUCUGAGAUCAAUUUUAAGCUGGAACCAGAUAGUCCUGUGUACAGUGGCAUUUUACCAGAUACUGUGGGAAAAAGACAGACUACUCCCAGUAGCAUUUUACCAGAUACUGUGGGAAAAAGACAGACUACUCCAGAAUCAGAUUUCAAUUUACAGACUAUUCGAAGUAAAUUUGAGGUUCUGAAGAAAUCUCUUUCCAAAAUAAGAGAAGACUCUCACCUCUCUAAUCCUGAAACACUUGAAAGACAGAAACUAGAAUUGUUCCCUGUAUCAAAAGACAUACAAGCAGAUAAUAUGCUAAACUCUUUGGAUACUCAUCAUUUGCUAACUGACUAUACAAAGCCAUCUUUAUCUAUGUCUUUUGAUGAAAGAAAGCAGUCUCUAUCCCAGAAGCUUUUUCUGGUGGAGCAAAAGUUGAGGAACACAGUACCAUUUAGUCUUGGAUAACUUCUAAUUUAAAG